UUUCACGGAUUUUUUCAGAGGAGAAAAUGCCUAAAGGGCCAGCCAAAUUGGGAUAUUUCGUGUCGAAAGACCAAACUAUACAAAACGCAGACAAUGUUUGCGUGCUCGUUGUUCACUACAACUUUGAAAAAACCAAGAACGAAACCUGGAUUCGGAUAGGAGAUGAUCAGGACGUAAAUAAUCUGAAACGGACAUUCGGAGAGAACCGUAACUGCAACUUCCACGAUGUGUUAUCGCCGGAAAAAGAGGAAUUGCUUGAACUUCUCUCCGAUCAAGAAAAACUGUUGCAAUUAUUUGGCAGUUCAGCGACCAGGGCCAAAAGAAACCAGUCAGGAUCAACUUUCGCCUCUCUUACGUGCCAGGUCUUUAAUUUCCUUGAGAAGGACGAGAGUUUCAUAAAUGUCCUCACAACUAUUCAAAAUGAGAGUCACAAAAAUGUUGACUUCAAGAAUUCUGUUGGACAGACUCCAGAAGUGAAGAUGUUUUCUCAGGACAGAAGUUUUGUCAUCUCAAAAAGUCCUUCAAAUUGCUCGGCUUUCUCGACAUCUGACGGAAUUGGCAUCAGGAAAAAAAAGGAACUCGAGUUUUACUCUUGGAAAUCAAACAAAAAGGAAAACUUGCGACGCCGCGUUGCGAUUCUUUUUUCCAAAGAGCAAAACGAUCAGUUAAAAGAAAUUAAAAAAGUGCUGUCCCUAAACCUAGAUUUUGAGACCAGCGAAAGGUUGCUGAGAGGAAAGCCGUGGAUGUCCAUAAACGAAGCCUCGUGGAGUGAUUCCAACAUAGGCUGCAUUUUCCUGCUUUUCUUUGGCAUUUUGAGUGAAGACAAGAACACGAAUGAGGUUUGCGUGCAGGUGGACGGUCAAGAAACUGCGGUAUCUGAAAUACUGCGCGAGUUUAUCGGGCCAAAAAACGAGCAGUGGAUUGGAAAACCGAAAAUAUUAUUCCUUGUGAAUCAGGAAACGAGCUCAUCUGACUACCUCGGAUCAACGCAGCCUAAGAUGAAAAUAUCAGCAACAAACCACAGUGGAUGGUUAGUCCUAGUUUUGCACAGUAAAGAUAAAAUUAAAAAGCUGAUCGAAAUCUUCAAGGGACAAGAGCUGAAAAAGGAGAAAAGUCUUCAAGAACUGCUCGCAACUCUUCUCAUCUCCGAAUCAAAGGAAAAUAAGGAUUUACUUAACUCGACGCUCCAGUAUCCUCUCAAUUUUCCAGAAUGGCCAAAGUCUUUUGUUAAACUUAACUUUUCGGUAACAAAGCUUAAAACUCUAGAAAAGCGCAUCAGCUUUGACAGUCUUCUGGAGACGGGCAAGAGUCGAGAAGAAUGUAAAUCAUUCAUCGAGAACUUUGCGUCAAAGGAUAUCUUGGAAAAUCCUUUGCACCUUUCUUUGGUUGCCAAGUACGGGGCCAAAGGAAACUUGUACCAGAUCUACGACCAGGUUGUGCGACACAAAGUGGAAAUCCAUCUUCAAGACAGGGAAGGAUAUGACAAAAACAACUUUUCCAAGUUUCAAGAGCAAUUAGACUAUGCCUUGGAAAGUCUUCAACAGUUAGCAAGUUGCCACAUCAGAGGAGUUGCACUUCCUGAUUACACGAAAGACGACCUAGAAAAAAACAAUUACUAUGGCAUUGCCUCGUUUCAAGACAACAAGGUUAUUUUCAUUCAUCAGACUUUUGCCGAAUUUCUCGCAGCCCAAUAUUUUUUAUGUAAAAUAGAUGAUUUCCUCAUUGACACUGCAAAAUUAUUUUUCGGGCCAUCAUUUUCGUGGUGCAGAAAGAAUGACGAGGGCACAAGCGAUGGGUCCUCGGAUGACGAGGACGACAAAGUAUGCAUGGAUUAUUUCUUAAUGCUGCAGAAGAUCGACAUUAACAUGACGGAUAAAAGAGGAAAAACUGCUCUUCACUGCGCUGCGGAACAUGCAUAUCUUGAACGUGUCAAAGAGUUGAUCCAUUCUGGCGCAAAUGUUCGAGCUGUAGACGAAAAUGGAUGGAAUGCUUUUCAUUUUGCUUGCAGCAGUCGGCGUUACCUUAAAGAAGGCGUGAUUCGAUUGUGGCACAGCACUGAUAGUCAGCUUGCCAAGGAGAAAUCCAACAGUGGUCAAACAGGGCUGCAUAUUUUAAUGGAAUCCAGCAAAUAUUGCUCGGAUAAUGAAGCGCGUUUUCUGGUCGAAGAGAUUGGAGUCGACGCAAGAGCAAAGGACAAUAAUGGCUGCACUGCGUUACGUAUAGCAGUUAACAAAGGAGUUGAAAAAUGCGUUGACUAUUUGAUGACAAAAGAUAUCGACCUGGAAGUAAAAAACAAACGGGGGCGAACGUGCCUGCAUUUUGCCGCUGGAAGGGGUGAUUUAGAGGAUCUGCAAACUUGGAUAGAACUGGGUGGAGACUUGAAUGUGGUUGACGAAAAAGGGAUGACUGCGUUGCAUUUAGCUUCAGAAAAAGGACAUUUGCAGUUUGUGGAAAAGCUUUUAGCCUGCGCUGCCGAGGAAGCUUAUAAUCCAGAUAUUGGUGAGGGUUGUGUUGGAUCUAAACUGAAAAAGAACGAGAUAUUAAACAGAUGUGACAAUGGAGGAAGAACAGCUCUGCAUUUUGCUGCUAAAUCAGGAAAUGUUGAUUUGGUGAAAUGGUUGAUUGAAAACAACGCAGAUUUAACUCAAACGGACCCGGAAGGAAAGAAUGCAAUCCACUUCGCUAUAAGAAACGAAAGAAUGUUACGAUUCCUCAAUGAGAAGAACAGAGAUCUUGUGAAGCAGCGUACAAAAUAUGGAGACACAACUCUACAUCUGGCAAUUAAAAGGAAAUCAAAAGUAACGGAAGAGGACGAACAAAUUUCUGUGUGGAUUAUUGGACAAGUAGACGACACCGUUUUAAACGCGAAAAAUUAUUAUCGCCAAACACCACUCUUACUGGCUUGCGAAGAAGAGUGGUGGAAGGUCGCCGAACUGCUGCUGACCAGAAAUGUUGAGGUCAAUGUCUCGGACAGAAGUGGAAAAACUGUAAUACACUACGCCGCAGAAAAAGGAAACUUGUCUUUAGUGAAGCUUUUGCUUGAGAAAGGUGCGGAUUUGACUCUAAGAGACAACAAGGGAAAGAACGCGUUGCACCACGCAAUAGAUCACUUGGAGGUAAUUUCAUUUCUUCACGAGAAAAACAAUGAGUUGUUGGGACAGCGUCUUAAAGACGGAGACACAACCCUCCAUUUGGCAUUAAAAACGUGGGACAUUGACACUGACACAAUUCGUUGGCUCGUUGAGCAUUGCGAAAAUGACUUGAAUGUAACAAACAGCGAGGGUGAUACACCGCUUAUGUUGGCUUGCAAGAGGAGAGAAUGGAUUAUUGCUAAAAUUUUGCUAGCAAAAACCAUUGAUAUAGACACGAAAGAUGAAAAUGGAAGAACGGCCUUUCACUACGCAGUUAACUGGUGGAGUAAUUCUGAUAUAAAAGAAUUACAUGCUUUUUAUCUGGUGCAAGAGUUGUGCAAAAGAGGCGCAGAUUUGGCUUUGACAGACAACGACGGGAUGAACGCAUUUCACCAUGCUAUACCAAACUUUCACAUGGCGUUAUUCAUUCAUAAUUUGAAUGGUGAUUUGGUUAAACAGCGUUUGAACAAUGGAGACACAUCUCUACAUCUGGCAAUCAAAUUAGAACAAGACAUCAGGGACAUUAUUUUUCCUUGGCUUGUGGAGCAAUGCGAAAAUGACUUGAAUGUAACAAACAGCGAGGGCGAUACACCGCUUCUGCUGGCUUUCAAGAAGAGAAAGUUGAUUAUUGCUAAAUUUUUGCUGGCAAAAACCGUUGAUAUAGACACGAAAGAUAAAAAUGGAAGAACAGCUCUGCACUAUGCCAUCGCUACUCAUUGUUGGAGUGGAAAUUCAGAUGCUCUUGAUUUGGUGCAAGAGUUGUGCAAAAGAGGUGCAGAUUUGGCUUCGACAGACAACGACGGGAUGAACGCAUUUCACCAUGCGAUGGAAAACUUUAACAUGGCUAUAUUCAUUCAUGAGAUGAAUGGUGAUUUGGUUAAACAGCGUUUGAACAAUGGAGAUACCUCUCUGCAUCUGGCAAUCAAAUUAUGCAGCCCAAAUAACAUUCUUAUUUGGCUUGUGGAGCAAGGCGACAUUGAUUUGAACGCGACAAAUGCUUUGAACGAAACCCCAUUAAUCCUGGCUUGCAAAUAUUGGAACGAGAAUAGGAACUUUGUUGAUUUACUUAUGUCUAAAAAUGUGGAUGUCUUAGUAAAAGACAAUCAGGGGAAGUGUGCUCUUCACUACUUUAACAAAUUUUGUCCAACUCAUUUACGUGGAAGCUAUGUUGAUAUCGAAGAAGCGUCACCCAGCAAAAAAAUGCGAAUGAGUUAAAUUGGAUUUUUCCUUCCCAGAAUUCGGACCUAUUUGCUUUUUGUUGCUCCAACGCUUGAUGACUUCAAGCAUUGCCACCAACGUAGAUGAUGACAGAGGAGGAAUAAUUCGCUCUUAAAUUAAGUUUGCAAGUACCAGAUGAGCGAAUAUCAUUGUUUUCAUGGUAUUUUCUGAAAUAGUGUCAUAUUUGUAAACUAUCAAUUAAUUUUAAUGCCUUGUAUUUAUACCAAGAUUUUAAUUACAAUUAAAGAAUAAGAUUUUCAAAGAA